AUGUCCACACUGGCCUCCAGGACAGAAACGUCUGUCACAGACACCCUGCCCCCCCAGAUGGCCAGGAGACAGCAAGAGGGCAGACAGAUGAAAGAACUCAUGCAACCUGAUAAAUACCCGAAUACCUCCAACCAGAAUCCGGACAACAGAAGACAGCAUGGUGGAGAACAAGGUGGCCAUCAGAGUGGGUCCUCCUCCUCAUCUCCUUUAUCGAUACACCAUACCUCAAACGAAACCAAGAAAGGCCCGGAGAACCGUGAUAAUGAGACACAACAUGGCAGGAGACCAGAUUGUACUGAGACCAGCUCCUCUACUUUCUCGACAUCUUCUUCAUCAUUCAAACGUCAAGAGAACCAGAGGGUGAUGAUACAGGAUGGCAGUGGAGGUGGCAGCAGUCAGGCUAGCUCUUCUUCCUCUGGCUAUCCUCCUUCACCAACAAAAAGUGGCGGCAAUGCAAAAGCAGCCUGGGAAAGUGGUUUUGAUCAGAGUGGCCAUUGUCUUUUCUCCUCAUCUUCAUCGUCUGGCAGUACUUCCACUGAACACGGGAAACAUGGGCAGCAAGGCCCAGACAGCCAGUGGAUGAAGACACAGCAUGGCAGUGGAGGCAGUGGAGGUUAUGGCCCUGCCGGUUCUUCCAAUGUUCUGUCUCCUCCACCAACCCAGAGUCUCUGGGAUCAAAGUGACGAUCAGGCAGGGAAAGGUCCAGGAAAUCACUCGAAGACACGGGAUGGCAGUGGAGGUGGUGGAGGUCUUGGCCAUGCCAGUUCUUCCAGUCCUCUGUCUUCUCCAUCAUCCCAUAUUUUCAGACAUCAAAGUGAAGGUCAGGGAGGGAAAGGCCCAGGAAAUCAGAUGAAGACGCAGUAUGGCAGUGGAGGUGCUUCUGGUCAGACCGAGUCUUACUCCACUCCUCCGUCUUCUCUAUCCGACCCAAUUUUGAGAAGUGAGAGAUUGGCUGAAGAGUUCAAGUUUCAAGCGGUCGAGAAUCAUUUUGGGGAGGUAAAGGCUUCGUUAUGCUGCAGCUCCACCGAACUGAAGCGAAUUGAGGACUGCAGGGACGUCCUGGGAGAACUGAAGCCCAGCAAGAAGCACACUGUCCUCGUUGAUAUUAACGCUUUCAACAAUGAUCGCUGGAUCGUUCCUUUUUCAGGAGUGCACGCCUGGCAACCGAACUUUGUGAAGCUGCCAUGUUCACAGAUCCAAAGUCAAGGCAUGUUCAAUCAGGACUCCAGGUGGAAGCGGAUCAAGAAACAACUCGGCAAUUUGGCUUCAAAACACACGGCCAGCGUCCGAGAUGUGGCGGAAGCCAUCCUCAGUUUCAACCCGAAGUACAACGGCCAGUGGACGUUUGAAUCCCUAGACAACUUCGUUCGGCGCCUCCCAAGUACAGAAAAUUUUGUCAACGCGCUGUUUCCAAAGAUCGCCGACUUGGCCCUGAAGCUGCCGGACGAAGUGAAGACGGCCAUCCCUCUGCUGCGUAGCGGACACGUUGCAGCCAUCACUCUGUCACAGUCUCAGAUCGCCUGUCUGCUCGCCAACGCCUUCUUCUGCACAUUCCCCUGCCGCAACACCACCAGGCCCAACGCAGAGUACCACAACUACCCCAGCAUCAACUUCAGCAGUCUGUUUGGAAACAAGUCAAAGAGGAAGAUUGAGAAGCUGAGAACCAUCAUGCAUUACUUCAACACCGUGACGGACAGCAAGACCGAGCUGAGCGGACUGGUGACGUUUGAGAGGCGCCUCCUCAGAAAAGACGAUGAACCUCAGUGGAAGAGCUGCACAGAGAAGAUCAACAGACUUUACGUCACAUCAGAAGGUCACAUUGAGAAGGAAGGUCGUGGUCUCCUGCAGGUGGACUUUGCCAACAGCUGGGUCGGGGGAGGAGUUUUGGGUUCCAAACUCUUUCAGGAAGAGAUUUUGUUCCUUAUCCAUCCAGAACUCAUCGUGUCCCGACUCUUCACUGAGAGACUGCAAGACGGCGAGUGUCUCGUCGUCACAGGCUCGCAGCAGUUCAGCUCUUACUUGGGCUACUCGGACUCUUUCGUAUGGCUCGGACCCCAUGAGGAACGCCUGCACAGAGACGAGUGGCGCCGGCUGCAGAGGCAGAUCGUGGCCAUCGACGCGCUGCACUACCGGAACCCGAGAGACCAGUACAGCAUGGGCAAGAUCACGAGAGAGCUCAACAAGGCGUACUGCGGGUUCAAGGGUCGCCUCCACCACGACAAUCCCGACAUCGCCACAGGAAAGUGGGGCUGUGAAGCUUUUAACGGAGACCCUCAGCUCAAAGCUGUGAUCCAGCUGAUGGCGGCAGCAAAGGCUGGCCGAGGUUUGGCCUUCUUCACCUUACAGGACAAACUGCUGGAGCGAGACCUGCAGGGAAUGCACCACCUGCUGGUCACCAGCGGAAUUACAGUCGGUGAGAAGAGAGAGAGAGAGAGAGAGAGAGAGAGAGAGAGAGAGAGAGAGAGAGAGAUGCUCAUUCAUUCAUUCAUUCAUCAAUCAGAGGGUUACUAUGGUUUCAUCUACUUCAAUAUCAUCAGGAUUCCUGCUUUUUAAGCUUUGAUCAUCAAAAUAAAUUAAAACUUACCAAGUUUCUAAU